UGACAAGACAAUUUAUUUCAAAAAUGUAAAUACAACAUAAUUUACAGAAUCUAAUUGUUACAGUAAUUUUGAUUCGUCAACAAAUUGUUACGAUUGUGCUUUUUUACAAACUUCAAUAGAUGGCGACUGACUGGAAAAGUCGAGUCUUCAUCUGACAAUCACAUUAUGAGUUUCAGAAUCUGAGUGAUGGAAAUAAUGAGAUUUACUAGGACAAAUUUCACCAAAAGUGACGAUUCAAAGGAAUAGUAAAUCAUCGGAAAAUGGCUAUUUAGCUCAUCGAUCAAGACCAACUGCAUCUAAAUCGCCUUAUCCUCAAAGAUAUUUCCAACAAUCAUCUUCGGAUUCACUGUUUUCCUCUGUUUCUCCAGAUCAUUGGCAUAUGUAUCCUGAUGCUGUGAACCAUGACAAUUAUCAAUCGCAAAUUCACUAUGGAGAAUCAGAUCUUCCAUAUCAUCAACACCAGAGUUUGGUCGAGGGCUUCGAACCAUUAGAGGAAAAUCUAGAAUCAAUCGACAACCAACCUGAUGACCUACCAAGUGGAGAGAUCAAGUAUUCCGAUGAUGUUGCUUUAGAUGGCGAAGAAAAUUUAGAAGAUAAUGAAGGUGAAAUUGUUUUGAGCAAUUUCCAUAAAACAAUCGACAAUUCAGGUAAUACAUGGAAUUAUGGAGACCAAUAUCCCGUCUCUGAUUUCAGGUGUUCAAAUAAAAUAUAUGCUGGUUAUUAUGCUGAUGUCCAAUCUGAUUGCCAAAUCUGGCAUCUCUGUGAACCAAAUGGACGUCAUCAUUCAUUUUCUUGUCCCAAUGGAACUCUUUUCAACCAAUUAUACCGAGUUUGUGAUUGGUGGUACAAUGUGGACUGUCCGAAAUCGAGAGAGUAUUAUCAUAUCAACCGCGAUCAGGGACUAAUUAAUCAUAACAAUAAAGAUUAUCGAAAUCAGCAACCCAACGACUACAGUCAAUCAUUUAAUGAUCAAAAUGGAAACAAUCAACUUCCACUUGGAUCGAAGACACCUGAUUCGGAUGAUUAUUGAUCUAAUUUCAGAUUUUUUACCUGUUUAAUUAUUUAAUGCAAGCAAAGCAAACAAUAUAUAUUCGAGACCUUUUUGUACAUCAGAGAUUUAGUUUUAUAAACAAUCGUUUUUCAUUCAAAAUGUAAGUUAAAGCUUUUAACAUUUCAAAUCUAUACCAGUUUACCUUAUUAUUAAAUAUUAUUAUUACUAAUAUUUAUUUCAUUUUAUGA